AUGCUUAUGUCACUGCCACGCGGUCCACUAUGGGCAUUACCACUCGCUUUGUCGCUCUUUGCCGGGAAGGCGGCUGCCCAAACAUACAGUCUGGUUGACAAUUACUCGCCAGAUAACUGGUUUGACCAGUUCACCUUCUUCACCGACGGCGAUCCCACAAAUGGGCACGUCCAAUACGUCAAUCAAACAUGGGCAUCGCAGAACGGGCUUAUCCGCAGCAAUGGCAGCGUCUACAUGGGGGUCGACCACAUGAACGUCUACAGUGAGACGGGGCCGGGUAGGCCAAGUGUCCGUGUGGAGAGCAAGAAGGUGUACAAUCGCGGCCUGUUCAUCCUUGACUUGAACCACAUGCCCGUUGGCUGCGGCACAUGGCCCGCUUGGUGGACUCUUGGGAAAUCGGCCGAGUGGCCAGCGGGUGGAGAGAUUGACAUUAUCGAGGGGGUCAACAACAACCUGAACAACACGAACAAAAUCUACACGAGCACUGGCUGCUCCAUCACCGGCCUAGGUCAGACGGCAGUUGCGGAUUCGUUCAACUGCGCUGAUGGCUGCGGUUCUGCCAGCACCAGAACGGACAGCUACGGGAAUGGCUUCAACAAGGCAGACGGAGGCGUCUACGCUAUGGAAUGGACUUCGCAAUGGAUUCGCGUUUGGUUUUUCUCGCGCUCCAGCGUCCCUGGCAGCAUCGGCAAGGGUUCUCCGGACAUUUCUGAAUUUGGAACUCCGACGGCCAACUUCCAAGGUGGUUGCGAUAUCGACCAACACUUCAAGGACCACACCAUCAUCUUCGACAUUACCUUUUGCGGUGACUGGGCUGGUCCCACGUUCGGCAGGUACGCGGGCUGUCCCAUGACGGACAGCAACGCCUGGACAAGCUGCAACAACUUCGUUGCAAGCAGCCCCCAGAGCUUCGCGGAUGCAUACUGGGACAUCAACUCCAUGAAAGUCUUCCAAAGGGGAAGCGGAGCGGCUCCAGGCGACCAUUCAUCAGUCUCCAUCUCCGACGCUGUCCGCCUGAGCUCCAGCAUGGGUGUACCGCUGGGCAAGAGUCAAGCUGCACCGAGCUCUGUGAAAUCUUCUUUGGCUAUCAAUUUUGCCGAGGGUGCUGCUCAGAAACAGUCCUUGGCUACGCCCACCUCUCCCGGCGCCUUCUUCGCGAGUGUCGCAGCUAUUUCCACGCCUCAGCGCCAAAGGCCUGGCCCAUCGUCGCUCUCGUCUCGCCCCUCGCCCAACAACGGCGGCGGCGGCGGCGGUCGUGGCUCGGGCCCCUCCAACGCAGCCUUCAGGACCGCCUCUUCCCAACCAUCCUGCAGCCCCCUCGGCGGCUACAGUGGCUCGGGACAGAUGGGUUAUCGCCACGGCAUCGGUGCAAGCGACGGCGGGCUGGCCAUGUGCCAGGAGAAUUGUGCCGAGUCGGCCCAGUGCACCGCCGUACUGUACGCGCACUACAAGAGCGACAGUGGCUCUCCACUAGGCUACUGGGACUGCUGGUGGGGCACGCUGGACGUGGGAAGCGUGCUCUGCGGCAGCGGCGGGAGCACAAGCGGCGGCAGCAGCCGUAACGGAAAGGCACAACACCGCCGUGCUCACUUGAAGCGCCAGACACUAGCAAAGAGGCAGGGAAUUGACAUGUCACCUAACCCGAACAUCGGCGUCCGAGAGCAGGAUUUCCAGGUCUUCAUGAGCAGAGGCGGAGGAGGUGUGGCCGAUGUCUCCUCGUCCUCGGCCGGACUUCCGAUGAGCGGCUCCUCUUCACCCGCGUUCGUUUUUCCCGAUUCCUCCUCAUUGCCAAACAGCCCCUCAUCCACGCCAUCCCGAUUUCCUUUUGUCCCGGACUUUAUGCCCGACGGCGCGCAGUCCUCUGUCGUCACGCCUACCAAUAUUGCCACCGACGACGCCACUACCGCUACGCCCUCUAUGCCACCGUUCGACCGGCCCUUUUCCCCAACCACGUCGUCAAACAGCCGACUCCGCGCCGGCCCGCGCCCGGCCUUGACCGACCACUCUGACGCUUUCUUCUCGUCCUACUUCUCGUCUCUCAGCUUCUCGCUUAGCGAGAGCAUCAGCUCGAGCCUAAGCUCCCAGCUGUACAGUUCAUCCCAGGCUGGUGAUUAUUCCUCCACCUCCUCCACUAUCCCUCAGUCCGCGCACUCAUUGGCAAGAGCCGUGGUAACCAACUUGCUUGUGCCAGUGCCCCUCACGCCCAACAGUAUCUCCAAUGGCUUCACGCCGUCCACAUCGCCGCCGUCCAACCCGACCUUUUCUUCAUCGUCCGACCAACCAUCUCUGGCAUUCCCUCAGCCGUCUUUAUCGGAGAUCCACAUCCCGGAGUCGCGACUCUUCAGGCCGUCCCCAUCCUCCUCAUCCAGAUCGCCACCCUCUUCCCUCCGUAACCCGGUCUCACCUUCCCCGAGCAACAACAACAACGGGCCACCUUUCCGUAGCACCGCCACCGGCCGCCCCAGCCGUUCCGGCCCCAAUCCAUUCGCCGCCCCGUCCUCCGGCGGCAGGGGCCCGCCAUCCCAGCCAGCAGCACAACCCAUCCGCAGCCGCAGCGACAGCGCCGGCACCAGCGCCACCGACGCAGCAGUGCCAGGUCCGUUCGGUCCGUUCAACAACGGGCCGGGAGCAGCACCACCACAAUCACAAUCACCACCUGCCCGCAGCAGCCGCGACCGCAGCCGCAGCAGCACCGACGCCACUCCCGCCCCCGGCGGUCCACCAUUCGCCGCCGCCGCCUCCGCGUCGUCCGGCAGCAGGGGCCGCCCGCCAUCCCGCCAGCCAGCAGCACAGCCGGACCGCAGCGGCAGCGGUGGUGGUGGUGGUCCCUUCCCUUCCGGCCCCUUUGCCCGGCCGUCAGGCGGCCCCGGCCCGUUCGUCGCCCCGUCUGCGUCUCCGUCUUCGGGCAGCGGUGGUGGUGGUGGCAGCGGCAGGGGGUCAGCGGCGGCACCGCCGUUCGCUCCGUCCGGCAGAGGCGGAGGAUCGACGACAACGGCAGCCGGACCGCCCGGCGGCGCCAACAAUCAGCCGGCGAGGACGGUGACGGUGACGGUCACGAUGACGAGGCAUGUGGGUUCGGAUGGGAGGGUGCGCGACGAAUGA